GUUGUCAAUGGUGUUCGCAGGUGCUCGUUGGUGGUCAAUGGUGGUUGCUCGUGGUCGUUGGUGGUCGCUUGUGCUCAACGGUGGUCGCUUGUGGUUGCAGCUGGUGGCUCGUGGUCAAGGGUGAUCAAAGUUGGUCGGUCCUGCUCCCUCGUCGUUCGCCUGAUAAUGGGUCAGCUGCUGGAGGGUUUUGGUGGCGUGAGCAGUCGCUGUUGGUUGCUGCAAGUGGUGGGUUGCAGAGGGGAGGGGAGUUUGGUUCCAAUUUUAGGCAGGUUGAAGAUGGGAGUUUGGUUCCAAUGUUAG